AUGUCAGGCGCAAUCAUAGAGAACAUGAGCACUAAGAAAUUGUUUUUCUUGUUUUUUUUUAUUCUUGUCUUGCAAGUUCUUUGCAUCAUGGUUGGAGCACUAAUCGCUCCCAGUCCUACCAGUGCCGUUCGCUACAUGGCUACCAAAUGCAUUAACCGCCACCGGGAGCGCGGCUGGCUGGCCCCGUGGGGAUCGAACCGGUGCCAGCAGAUCCACAGUUUUGACGAGCCUCUGGCAAAGACGCUGGACGCAAACGACAUUGUUUUCGCUGUGCACGUGCCUCCUCCCGAUGCGGAGAUGAGUCCCUGGUUCCAGUACAUGCUGGCUGUGCUGCAGUUUGACAUCGCGUUCAAGAUGAUCAAUCAGAUUGAAGACGGCGAUGUCCUCGUCACUAUCGAUGCUGGCUUGGCGUACAGGGACGAUCUGACGUCGGAGUGGACCACGAAGUCUCUCUCGGUGGAGCGGAGGCCGCUCAGGUGCAUAUUCGCGGUCCCUAAGACCUCUGAAAACGAAGGCCGCUUUUACCACUGUGACCCCAUACCGUUUAUGGAACUGGGAAGUGUGGCCCACAAAUAUUUUUUGGUCAACCUCCGCCUGCCAGUAAACGACACGGUGAACGUUGGAAUUGGAGAAAUCAAAGACAUCCACGUAGUGGGCAUCCACCAGAAUGGAGGCUUCACUAAAGUGUGGAUCAGCAUGAAGACUGUGUUCAGCCCCUGGAUCUUUGUGGUAACAGUUUGGUACUGGCACAGGAUCGUGAUCAUGGCAAGACCUCCAGUCCUUUUGGAAAAGGUGAUUUUUGCUCUGGGUAUCUCCACGACGAUCCUGAACGUGCCGGUGGAGUGCCUCUCCCUGGGCUUUGAGUGGACGUGGCUGCUGCUGUUGGAGGACGCUCAACAGGGCGUCUUCUACUCCACGCUCUUCUGUUUCUGGAUCAUCUUCUGCGGCGAGCACCUCAUGGACCAAAGUCGGAGGAAUCGCCUCUCGGCGUACUGGUGGCAGGUCGGGCUGGUGGGGUUCGGCUCGUCCCUUCUCCUCGCAUUCGACCUGAGCGACAGGGGGGUUCAUUUGACCAACCCUUUCUACAGCGUCUGGGCAUCAGAGGUUGGGAUGAAGCUGGCCAUUACCUUCAUUGUGGUUGCGGGGGUUUCUGUCUGUCUGUACUUCCUCUCCCUGUGUGGCAUGGUGCGAUGUGUGUUCAGGAACAUUGGUGGCAAAAUACAGCAACUUCCUGCGAUGCCGAAGGCUAGGAGACUGCGUUAUGAGGGUAUAAUCUUCAGGUUCAAGUUUUUGAUGCUGGUAACUCUAGCGUGUGCCGCCAUGACGGUCAUCUUUUUCAUAUUAAAUCAAGUCAGCGAGAGUCACUGGCACUGGGGAGACUACACUUUCCAGGUCCACAGUGCUUUCCUCACAGGAGUCUAUGGCAUGUGGAACCUGUACGUGUUCACCAUCGUCUUCCUCUAUGCGCCCUCCCACAAGCGUGGCAGAAGCCAACAAACAGAUGUACUGGAGAAGCCAGCGAGCCAAGAGACCCAGCAGACGUGUGGAGAGCAGGGGCCGACGGAGACCUACAGGAUCACUGGGAAGCUGGCGGAUGAAUAACGGACAGG